AGAACACCAACAGGCUGAACAGAGUAAAGAGCAUUUUCUAGUUGGCACAGGUCUAGGAAAAAUGUCCGAACGCAAAAUACCAUUCACCUUCCUCCGCACUCCAAGCUGGGACCCAUUUCGGGACUGGUACCAAGGAAGCAUUUGCCUUUUUGAUCAGUCAUUCGGUAUGCCACGUAUUCCUGAGGACUGGUACCAAUGGCCUAGCACCAACUGGCCAGGCUAUGUUCGCUUGUUUCCAAGCCAAUCCAUGGAAGCUGUGCCCCCCAUUACACCUGCUGCUGAUGCAGCUGCUCCUGACUUCAGUCGUGCCCUCAGCCGACAACUUAGCAGUGGAAUCUCAGAGAUCCGUCAGACUUCAGACAGAUGGAAAAUCAGCUUGGAUGUCAACCAUUUUGCCCCAGAGGAGCUGGUUGUAAAAACUAAAGAUGGCAUUGUGGAAAUCACAGGCAAACAUGAAGAGAAACAAGAUGAACAUGGCUUCGUCUCUAGGUGCUUCACUAGAAAGUACACUCUUCCUCCAGGUGUUGAUAUAAACGCAGUGGCCUCAUCGCUUUCUCCUGAUGGCAUUUUGACUGUCGAGGCCCCACUACCAAAACCUGCCAUUCAGUCUGCAGAGAUCAACAUCCCAAUUGGCACAACCGAGGCUAAGAAAGGGGAGGAGGCUGCCAAGAAAUAAAAGGACCUCAGCAUGUACAAUUCACAAGACUACACUUUCUUAUGAAAUGUUGCAUUUUUUUUUACCAAUAACUGGUUAAAUACUAAAUACAGAAAAUGAUUAGUGUAUAAUUUGGCUACAAAAAAAAACAUAUUUUUAGGUGGCCAAGAAUCUUAUGAAAAUAAUGAGAUGCACAAGUAUCCAUAAUGUAUAAUGUAAGUACAAAGUAUAGUGAUCAAACUUACCAGGCACUGAAGAUCUAGUAACAUCCAUGAUACAAAUCAGUUUUUAUACAAAUACAUUUUAUACAAAUACACAUAUAAGAGAAAACCAUUUCAUUCUUCCCAUGAUAACUGGAUUCUCUAUGGCAUAAAUAAAAUCAUUCCCUAUAUUUG